UGAUUGGUUCGGUUCAAAAUUGAAAUUUUUUGUUUUUUAUUCGCACGUGGACGGAAUUCACGAUGAAGAGUGAAGUGGGGAGAACUUCUUCUUAUCUCUUCUGCAACUUUUUCGUCUGCCUCACUGCCAGUCUGUUCUUGCAUUGACCAUCGUUAAACUUUGAAACUUCUACAAACUAAAGCUCAAAGUCUCCAGCUCACGUGUCGAACGCGUUAUAGAAAGUGACAGUUUAUCCAGAUUCGGUGAAAGAUAUGGCCGAAAGUGAUCAGUAUUGUGUAGAGGAACAAUGGCUCGAUGAAGAUUCGUUUUUACUGUCGAAUAGUGACGAUGGAGAAUCUCAAUUGAAAGAUUUAUCAGAAGCCUCGUAUUGGUCACGCAUCUGCUCCUAUAUAACUCGGUUGAUCUGCAUAACACCAUCAUUUGUGGAAUUACUCUUAAUACCUGUUAUAGUAUACUCAUCCGGUAGGAUCUUUUCGCUAGUACGACGUAUGGCAGUACCUCCGGAGAAAAACAGAACUGAGCAACGUGUAAAUGUAGCAAAUCAUUCGAAUAUUAAUUUGUAUAAUCCACAACACGGUGAACUUUCAGCCGAAGAGAUCGCUUUACUCAGACUUCUGAUAAUACAACUGCAGACGAGUUUCAGUCACGAGCACAGAGUAAAAGUUCUCCAGUGCAUAUCGAGAUAUUUGUCAUCAGCUGCAAGAUCUUCAAUAACUAUUUCAAUGUCGCGUGCGAGAGGUAGUUGAAUUCAUUCCAAAAAUCCUCCCCUGCCUCACCUUCAGCGCCAUCACGUCUGCUAUCUUCAAUAACAACGGAGCCAUGAGCUUGAUUAUUGUUUGUGAUCGAUUACCGCCGACGAGCCGAAGAUUAUGUCAUCGAACGAGACGACACUGAAUUCAUUCGCUCAAAACGUGCGAAAUUUUAAAUAAAUUAUAUCAUUCUUUUAGAUGGUUAAUUUUAUCAUCUUUCGAUAUAAUUAUCGUAAAAAUUGUUCGCGUUUGUAGUCCACACAAAGUGUAUAAAAAUCAAAAUCACCAUUAACCUUCGUAAUCGUAACAAUGAAUGCUCAUUAUGAUUAUUUUGUGAUAUACUCGUACGAUAGGGUAGUAGGGGCAGGGAGAUAUGCUUAGUGAAAAAUUACAUAUCUUUGUUUACCAAUAUUUUUAAUUAUUUAAUGAGGUGAUUUAAUCGGGCAUUAAUUUAAGAUUUAUCGAAACCGAAACCAAUCCUUCGAAUUUUUUUUUCAUCUUAUUUAAAAUAUUUUGUAUGUAUUUUGUUCUGUUAUUGUUAUUUUUUGUCGUGUGAUGAUAAAGAAAAAGGAAUUUAAUUUAUUCGUGUUAUUUUUUCAUUUAUUUUGUUUAUUUAAUACAAUAAUUUAUUGGGAAUCUAUAAAUACUUACCUGUGAAAUAUUUAAAUGGUAUCUGUACACGUUAUGUUGUACCUGAACUUGUACACCAAGAAUGUGAAAUCAUUCCUUAGAAUUAAAUUCAUUUGUAAGAUAUUUCAUUAUACCUGCUUACUUAAACUCUCGAACGUUUAGCCAUAUUCCUUAUGAGUUAAAUUUACGAUGAGUAUGUAGUUUUUAGAAUUCUAAGAAUCUGUGAUUAAUAAAUCUGUGAUAUCUUACGGUGUACAUUUGUAGCUGGAUGAUUUUCAUUUUUUUUCUAAAUUAAGCACUUUACUUGUGAAGUACGUAAAUACAUUGUAGCAUAGGUAUAUAUACCUAUAUGUUCACUGUGAUAGACCCUUAAUAAAACCAUUACGCUCUUGAUCUGUGUGUGCAAUGUAUCGUAAUCGAUCAAAGAGUUGAAUAUUAGCGAUAAAAUAGAGUAGAUAAUAUCAUGUAAAUGACCUAGGAAUUACUAUAACGUGUUAGGUAGGUAGUUAAUUUAUCUUCGCAGUUCUCCCAAAAAAAAUAACGAAUGCUGCCUAUUAAUGAUAUAAAUUAGCGCAAUCAUUAAAAUGUUCCAAGAAAAGAUGAAUGAAAAUCCUUAAUUGGUUGAUUAAAUGAUGUGAUUAUAUCGAUUAUCUAUCUAUUUCCGUUUUGACUAUUACAAUUAAUGAUUUUUCCCCCCAAUCAAAGGUUUUCAUUUUUCACAAGAGCGAAAAAGAAUUGCAUCAUGAAAGCUGCAGACGAGCAUAGGAUUGGUUAUACCACAUAUCGAACGUUAAACAAUUCUCAGUGUAGUCAGUCGUUCCUUUGAGAAACAAUGGUUUAUUAUUUAAAUUCACAUUGAAUACGUAAUAAAUUCAUCAUCGACUGUAUCUAUCUAUACGUAGCCUAUAUCUUCAUUCGAUCACAAAUGACAUUUAAUGUCAGUCGAUGUAUCGAAGUAAAAAUGCAAUUGUCGUGUAUUUUAGUGAUAUUUUUAGUAUCAAUUUUUCAUAUCGAGUUAAUUUCAAGUUUCGACGAUAAUUUUAAGUUGUUAAAUGAUUCCAGAAUUAUUUGUGCAAAUUUUUUGGAUAGUCAGGAAUCACGAAAAUCUUGUUUCGAAACAAUCAAGAAACAGAAUUUGUCUAAAAAUGAAUCAAACGUACAUCCCGAGUUGUUUUGCGUUGAAAAAGACUCCGCGACCGUAACUUGGUCCAGUGACAAAGAAUAUGAUGAAUUAGCAAUUCAAAUUUCCUCCGGUGCAAAUCAAUCAAUUGCAAUUUAUUCACUUUCAGGGUCUCAGGAGAAAUACUUUCAUUUGAAUGAUUUACGAUACGGUACAAGAUAUCAAGUUUUGAUUUUAGGUAGGAAUUUCACUUCUGAGGGAAUCUUUCGCGAAGAUGUAGCUGCUUUGAAUUUUACUACGAUAGGAAGAGAUUGGAAAUUACCGGAUGAUUUUUGGUUCAAUGUGACAGAUUUUUCUCCAGUGAAUGAAACUCACACAAAUGUUACAAUGAAAUGGAAUUCUUCGAGUGAAGUUUUACCUUGCCAAUACACAGAUCAUUGGUAUGAGACACCCUCACUUACACUUGCUCUUCCUGAACAGAUAUCGUGUGGUGAAUUUGACCGUUCAGAAUGUAUUCUUCCAAAUUUAAAAUAUAGCUUCGAAUAUAUACUAUGGUUAACUAUUUACGACCAGGCGAGCUCAUUGGAUUUCCAUUAUAGGAUGCCUAGUUGCUCUCAAGUGGCUUCGAAUAAAAAUUGGACUUGCUCGAUUGCGAAAAUUGAAAAAAUUUCAACAAGCGAUGAUAACUGUACCGAAGACUUAUAUUGCACUACUGAAGUUUCAUGGAUUUUUCACGAUGUGCAACCAGACUAUUUUAAUGUUACUUUAGAAUUACGAACUUCGCGUGAGAAUUGGACUUUCUACGAGACCAAAAAUGUGACCGAAGGAAAUAAUGUAAUUGUCAGACUGCCUCAUAAUACAACCUUUCGAGUAACCGUUUCUGCUCAUAAGGGAAAUGUCACAAGCGAUCCUACGUUUGCUUAUUUUCACUCUGAUUUAGCUCCAAAUCCAUCGAAAACUUAUGCCUAUGGGAUCGUGUUUUCAAUAAUUUUGCUGAUAAUUUUUGCCCUUUCUGUGCUAUUAUAUUUUAAUCGUAAACCAAACGAUACACCAAGAUUGAAGAAACUUUAUAAAAAUAUUCUGAUCAAAAAUAUGGAAAUUGUUCCUCCUUAUUCGAAUAUCGAAGUGAAGAAUAAAUCCAAGGAUUCUCAAAGAUUGAGAUUAAUCCUAGGCAAGGUGUUGGGUAAAGGAAAUUUUGGCAUUGUUUUACAAGGAACAUUGAUAACUACCAAUGGUAAAAAAGUCAUGGAUGUUGCGGUCAAAACUCUUCAAGAUAAUGCUACUCCAAAAGACAUCGAACAGUUUGGGAAAGAAAUAAGCCUCAUGGAAGAUGUUGGUAUACAUAAUAAUAUCGUUAGUAUGAUCGGAUCUUAUCCUGAUACCAAAAGACCUCUAUUAAUCGUCGAAUAUUGUGCUCUGGGUGAUCUCCAUGCUUACUUGUGCAAUAUCAAGAGAACUCUGGUCAAUUUUUCAGAUUACAAUCCUACUCCAUUGAAUCAAUACCAAAACACCAUUUCUUAUGCAAAUGGAGACGAUUCAAAGUACUUGGUUCAUAAUAAAAUCUACGGAGUUACGAAAGAUGCUGUGGUUCCUCAUCAACUGUCCAUAUGUGAUUUACUUUCAUUCAGUCGACAAGUUGCCAAAGGAAUGGAAUACUUGGCGUCAACUUACGUCAUACAUCGAGAUCUAGCCGCCAGAAAUAUUCUAUUAUGCGGCGAUAAAACUGUAAAAAUAUCGGAUUUCGGAUUAAGCCGCGAUAUUUACGCUGAAAAUAUUUACCGUAAAUUAGAAGGAGGUGAAAUAAUGCCGAUAAAAUGGAUGGCCUUGGAAUCUAUUUGUAAUCGCGAGUAUUCUACGUUGAGUGAUGUAUGGUCGUUUGGUAUAUUCUUAUGGGAAUUGUUCACAAUGGGCGACGAACCUUAUCCAGAUAUAUCGGUCGUUGAUGUAUUAGUUUUACAGCUGAAGGCAGGCUACAGGAUGCACAAUCCUUGUCCAUCAUAUCCUCAAAUAUACGAAAUUAUGUUAAAUUGUUGGCACGAACAUCCAGAAUUACGACCUCAGUUCUCAACUCUUCAUGAUUUAUUGGAUCAAAUUUUAAAACAAUGUUCUCCUAAUCAGUAUAUCACCAUAACCGGAAAUGAAGAUUGAUUUUUAAAGUUUUGUUUAAUAUCGAAGGCCUCGAAAACAAUUUUCUCAACUUGGUGUUUUUCUUUUUAGAAUACUUACUUUGAAAUUAAUUUUUUUAAAUACAAACUUGAUAUUUGAUGAUAUUCGAUUUUUCUGUUGAGCAGAUUCCAGUGUACCACAUCUUCAAAGUAACUCAUUAUGUACUGAACUAUCAUCAAGUUCUUUCUCAACCAAUCAAUCAAAUUAAAUAUUCAUCAAACUUUACCUUUUCUAUUACCUCAUCAAAAUGAACGAAAAAAUAAACUCGUGAAUUUCGUAUAAAAAUAAUUUAUUAAAAAUAUAAAAGAAUAGCUACAAACAUAAAACAGUCUUCUCGAUGAAAAAUGAACUAAAAAUAAUUACAUAAUUCUAAUUAAGUAUUGAAAGUAAACGAAAUGCUACUAGAAAGUAAUGAAAUGAGACUCUUUAAUAUAGAAUAAAGGAACGUAAAAAUAUUUUAAAAAUCUCGAUAAAAAUUAAUCAACUUCGCUAACAUUCGGUUGACUAGAUUCGCCAUUCGCGCCACGAUGUAAUUUACUCAUCACAGGAGCACAUACCCGUUGUAGUUCCUGGUACUUGUGAUCGUAUUCCUCUUUAUCAGCCAAAGAGUUGUUGUCUAACCAUUUGAGAGCAUUUUCGCACUCUUGACGGCAGGAAUCCUUCUCAUUGUCGGGUAUUUUACUUCCAGCUUCGUCCAGAGCCUGCUUCACGUUGAAUAUAUAACCCUCUAACUGAUUCCUGGACUGGACUCGUUGGCGUUGUUUUUCAUCUUCGGCUUUGUAUCUUUCAGCCUCGUUGACCAUACGAUCGAUUUCCUCCUUCGAUAAUCUACCUUUGUCGUUCUUUAUGACGAUACUCUUCGUGUUACCGGUACUGUUGUCUUUGGCUGAUACGUUCAGGAUACCGUUGGCGUCCAAGUUGAACGAUACUUCGAUUUGAGGUACGCCUCGAGGAGCAGGAGGUAUUCCGGUCAGAUCGAAUCUACCGAGCAGAUUAUUAUCCUUGGUCAUGGCUCGUUCACCUUCGAAUACUUGAAUGGUAACGGCAGGCUGGUUAUCGGCGUAAGUAGUGAAUGUUUUCGACUGCUUGCACGGAAUUCGACUAUUUCUAUCGAUCAAAUUGGUCAUCACUCCGCCGGCUGUCUCGAUACCCAACGAUAACGGAGCUACGUCUACUAACAGGACAUCUUGAAUGGCCGAACUCUGAUCUCCGCUCAAAAUAGCCGCUUGGACUGCCGCACCGUAAGCUACAGCUUCGUCCGGGUUGAUCGACAAGUUGAGCUGUUUACCGUUGAAGAAGUUCUGCAGCAGUUGUUGGAUUUUAGGUAUUCUGGUCGAGCCGCCAACCAACACGAUCUCGUUGAUGUCGCUUUUACUCAGCUUGGCGUCUUGUAGAGCUUUCUCGACCGGUAUCAAGGUUGAUCGGAAUAAAUCUGAGCAUAGUUCUUCGAAUCGGGCUCGGGAUAUCUUCGUGUAGAAAUCGAUACCGGAGUCUAAAGCGUCGAUUUCGAUACUGGCUUCGGUACUGGACGAUAACGUUCGUUUGGCACGUUCGGCUGCGGUACGUAGACGUCUGAGGGCUCGAUGAUUACCGGAGAUAUCGCGACGGAACUUGCGUUUGAAUUCUUCGGUUAAAUGAUUCACCAUUCUGUUAUCGAAAUCUUCACCUCCUAGGUGAGUAUCGCCGGCUGUGCUGCGAACUUCGAAUAGCGAGCCUUCGCUGAUGCUGAGGAUCGACACGUCGAACGUACCACCACCGAGAUCGAAUAUAAGUACGUUUUUGUCGCCGGUCAAGUUCUUAUCUAGACCGUAAGCCAAUGCAGCAGCUGUCGGUUCGUUGAUGAUACGUAACACAUUCAAACCAGCGAUGGCACCGGCGUCUUUGGUGGCUUGUCUUUGCGAAUCGUUGAAAUACGCGGGAACUGUGAUAACGGCGUCUUUGACUUUACCUCCCAGAUACGUCUCGGCAGUUUCUUUCAUUUUGGUCAAAACCAUCGAGCUGAUUUCUUCGGGCGAGAAGACCUUCUUUUCACCUUUGAACUCGACUUGGAUUUUCGGCUUGGUGCAGUCGUUGAUGACGGUGAACGGCCAGUGUUUCAUAUCUUGUUGGAUUUUCGGAUCGUCGAAUUUACGGCCGAUUAAACGCUUAGCAUCGAAUACGGUGUUUUUAGGAUUCAAUGCUACCUGGUUCUUGGCCGCAUCUCCGAUCAAUCGUUCGCUGUCGGUGAACGCCACAUAGCUGGGUGUUGUACGGUUACCUUGAUCGUUGGCGAUGAUCUCGACUUUGCCUUGCUGCCAUACACCGACGCAGGAGUACGUGGUACCCAAAUCAAUUCCAAUUGCUGGCAUCUUCAUUUUGAAUUAGUUUCACGAAUAGAUUUACGAUCGACACACACGAAAAAAUUUUCGAACUUCGCGGAUAAAGUUACGAUUACGUUCAAGAAUACGUAUAACGCACGAACAAUAACACUUCACGAAUUAACACUUUAGU